AUUUUAAACGUAUUACACAGAAUUUUAUUUAAUCAAGUCGGAAUUGAAACGAACCUCCUCUCAGUUCACACCGUUCAAUUCACAUUCUGACCAACUCACACAUCAAAUUUCGCACAUUCAGUAACAAGAUCGAAAAGAGUUUUUUGUUUCUGUUUUUCUUUUUCCGGGAUUUUAAAAUGGAUGAUGUCGGGCUUGGGUUCCCUUCGGAAAUUGUCAAAAAUGAACGGAACUGCCAAGAUGAGUCGGGGUGGAUUUCUUACUUUUGAACAGUGACGUCGAGCGGCGGAAAGAAAAACUGGCCGUGGUGAAAACGGACUCAACCGACAACGUACUUUCCUCCUGGGCCGGGAGUGAAAAAAAAUCGUCCUGUCUGUUUGUUAAAAAAAUAAAAAUAAAAUAAAAACUUUCGGAGGGUAAAUUUUUGUUCCCUCGGGAAAUUUCGACGCGAGCCGUGUCCCCGGUGUACAGCCCGCGGGGGAAGGGAUCGUAUAUUUUAUACUUGGGUUUUUUUUAAACGUUUUUUUUUUAAUCCCCCUGAUCCACGGUGUGACAAGACUUUUUUUCCACGGCAUAAUACCACUCGUUGACUCGCCCCCUCGAGCCAAGGACGAGCCGUAUCGAUAUGAAAGUGACCGUCACCACCCUGACGGACGAGAUCUUCGUCCUGGACGUACCCGAAGAUCUGGAGUUGGAGAACUUCAAGGCGUUCUGCGAGAUAGAGUCCGGGUUCCCAGCCCGGGAGAUCGUCGUCGUACACGAGGGGAAGCCGCUUUACGACAACGGGUCCAGUCUCAAAGGUUUCGGCAUCAAAGACGGCGACGUCGUCGUUCUCCACAGGACUUCGACGGAUUUCGACACCGCCCAGCGAUUCCAACCGAGUUUAGUCGGAAACUUUGAUUUCAGCAAUAUACAGGUACCAGGUCAAGAGAAUGUCAGCGCGAGCAGCCACAACCCUUCUUUCUCGAGGCUGGAUGACCCGGCGCGCGUUCGUGACCUCUUCCUUGCCAACCCGGACCAGCUCGCGUUGCUCAAGCAGAACAACCCUCGUCUUGCAAAGGCGCUCGACUCGGGUGAUCUGAACGAGUUUGCUCGCGUCCUCCAUGAGCAGAUAGCUGAGAAGGAGCGCCGUAUGGCCCAGAAAUCACGCAUGCUCCAGGCGGACCCUUUGGACGUAGCCGCCCAGGAGCUGAUCGCCGAGGAGAUCAAGCAAAAGAACAUCGAGGCGAACAUGGAAGCGGCGAUGGAAUACAACCCGGAAACGUUCGGGACGGUCGUGAUGCUCUACAUCAACUGCAAGGUCAACGGGCACCCUGUCAAAGCCUUCAUUGAUUCCGGUGCUCAGACGACUAUAAUGUCAGCGGCUUGUGCAGAGAGGGUGAACAUAAUGAGGCUAGUAGACACAAGGUGGGCUGGGAUUGCCAAAGGCGUCGGCGUCCAGAGGAUUAUAGGCAGGAUCCACAUGGUUCAAGUCGCCAUCGAAUCCGAUUUCCUCACGACGUCAUUCUCCGUACUUGAGGAACAGCCUAUGGACAUGCUCCUCGGGCUAGACAUGCUCAAAAGGCACCAGUGCUGUAUCGACUUGAAGAACAAUGUACUGCGCAUAGGUACGACCGGUACGGAGACACGCUUCCUCUCUGAAAGGGAGUUGCCCGAGUGCGCCAGGCUCACUGCGCCAGACGAUACCAGGAAGAAAGUCGGCACAUCGUCCGGCCCUGAAAGCGACGUGCUCACGAUACUCCCAUCCGACAGGUUUACGGAGGACGAGGUCAAAGAGAUGGUUGGGUUUGGUUUCACACGACAGGAGGUGAUAGCCGAGCUGAGGAGGUUCAACGGUGAAAAGAAGGACGCGACGAUGGCCUUGUUCGAAAAGAGGAAAGCGAGUCCAUUUUAACAUAGGUCAACAGGCAGAAGAAAAAAAAAAGAAAGAAAGAAAAAAAGAAUUUUCAUUUUUUCCGUUCAACGUGUGAGAUAGAAUAAGAAGAAAGAAAAACCAGAGGUCCUGCAAAAUAUAUUUUAUUUUAUUUUUUAAAUAAACACACACAGGCACACCCUCACAUCCAAAAAGUGCAUUUAUUGAUUAAAAAAUAAAAAAAGGCUAUUUCACUGUUUUUAUUUUAUUAAAAUAAUAGCGGGUAUAGUCAUGUCUGUAAUUAUUUUUUAUUAUUUAAUGAUUAAAAAACAAAAAUCCAAUGCAUUUAAAAUUUUUAACUCCCCCCCUCGACUUUUAACACUAGCCCAAA